AUGACUGGCACCAAGACUGUCCUUCUGACAGUAGCUGUCUUCUUAGCACACAAUCCAUUUGUAACUGCAAUCGGUUAUGGAAAUGCGGGAUCGUGUCCCAAACCGUUCAAAUUCGGGAACGGACCUCCAGCCUCAUGCCCUCCACCAGCUGAUCCCAACAAUAAGCCUGCAUCACAACUAGAGUCUUGGAGUAUACAGCUGAGACACUUGACAGCUUUCUUUGCCCAUGCGAUCCAAGAAACUGGAAAGAACAACAUUGCGCUUUACGACACACUUUCCCAGGAAGAUGCUUCGAAUUGCUUCUAUCGCGGAGGUUCUUUCAAUUGGUUCGAAGGUGGACCACGCCAUACAAAGGAUGUUAUUUCGGUCGUAGUGCCAUUCAAAUCUCAUAACUACAAUUAUGGUCAAUUCCGAGAAUGGCUGAAAUCGGUGUACAUCACUGUGGAUUUGUUGAAUGAACCGAAUCUGUUGAUGACUGAAAUGAAUCCACCACUUGCUAUGAUAGCAUCGCUUUGGUUUUAUAUGACUCCACAACCACCGAAGCCUGCUAUGCAUGACAUUGUCAUGGGUAACUGGAACAGUGGAGCCGAGAAUAGAGCAGCUGGAUACACGGGGCCAAUCUUUGGACCAACAUCUCUGAUCAUUAACAAUGAGUGCGGAGGAGAAGAUCCACAGAACCCAGGAAGCGCAGGAGAAUCCAGAAGAAUCAAGGCAUUCAAAUUGUUCUACGGAUACUUCAACGUCCCAACUGGAGAACAACUAACUCUUUCAUGCAAAAAUAUGCAAGUUUCAUUGGAUAGGAUUCAACACAAUCUCAGCUAUCAAAUCGAUUGGUCUUCUAGUUGGAAAAAUGCUCCAUGUGAUUGUGUUCCUGCCAAUUUUGCAGGACUCAUCUACUAUGAUGAUCCAGCCUACUAUCCAGCCAGCUUUGUUGCUCAAAACGAAAUUAAUCGUCAGAAAUGCAUUGCGAGUGUCUACGCGAACCCAUCCAUAUUCUGUGCCAGAGGAUCGUUAGCUGAUGUCAUCGCCAAGGCUAGCCUUCAAAUGGAUGGAUUCUUUAUAUAUUCCCUGAUGAAGGAUAUUGUGAAUGGCUUAACAUGGAUUCAUGAGUCUUCCCAUGGGUGUCAUGGAAUGCUAACUUCAAAGUGUUGCCUUCUGAAUGAUCGGUGGCAAUUGAAGAUAACAGAUUUUGGGUUGAGUUGGUUUAGAACCCAUGACCAGCUCACGAAGACAGACCGUCUAUGGACUGCCCCCGAACUUUUAAGAAACGACGAUCUUCUAGGGUCCCGUGAAGGAGAUAUAUAUAGUUUGGGAAUCAUCAGUGCAGAGCUGAUAACAAGAAGUUCCGUGUUUGGUUUGGAAAACAGAAAGGAGGAUCCAGAAGAGAUUGUGUACAAGUUGAAAAAGGGAGGCCUGCAAUCACCACGACCAAAUUUAGAACACGACGAGUCAUUGGAGAUUAAUCCGGCAUUGCUGCAUCUAGUCAGAGAUUGCUGGACGGAACGCCCAUCCGAACGUCCGGAUAUCAAACAAGUUGGCUCUCAACUAAGAAGUAUGAACACAAAUCGAAAUGAUAAUCUAAUGGAUCACGUCUUCAAUGUGCUAGAAUCCUACGCAUCCACGUUGGAAGACGAGGUAGCAGAGAGAAUGAAAGAGUUGGUAGAGGAAAAGAAGAAAAGUGAUGUAUUACUAUACCGAAUGCUUCCGAAGCAAGUAGCGGAUAAGCUUAAAAUCGGGCAGACCGUGGAACCCGAGACUUUUGAUCUGGUAACUCUCUUCUUCUCAGACGUCGUCAGUUUUACCACCCUAGCUGGUAAAUGCACCCCAUUGCAAGUCAUAAACCUGCUAAAUGGAUUGUACACAAUAUUCGAUGGAAUCAUUGAACAACACGAUGUGUAUAAAGUGGAGACUAUUGGAGAUGGAUACUUUGUUGCUUCUGGUGUCCCAAGGUGGAAUGGAAAUGAGCAUACGAGAAAUAUUGCGAGCAUGUCGCUGUGUUUUGUGAAAUCCAUCGCUGGGUACAAGGUUCCACAUUUGCCAGGAGAGAAGAUUAAUAUAAGAGUUGGAUUUCAUUGUGGAUCCGUGGUAGCUGGAGUCGUUGGCCUUACCAUGCCCCGGUACUGCCUAUUCGGAGACGCUGUGAACACGGCUAGCAGGAUGGAAAGCAAUUCUAAACCCGGACAAAUUCACAUCUCCCAAGAAGCCAAUGAGAUGCUGAUGAGACUUGGUGGCUUCACCACAGAGCCACGUGGAGAGGUUAUUGUGAAGGGGAAAGGUGUGAUGAACACGUACUGGUUGAAGGAAAUGACCGAGUCAGCGGAUCCGAGGAACAUGGAGAAGAAAGAUUGA